CAGACCCGAACUCAUCGAUUUGUACGCUCGCUGCGGUUAGAACCCGAGUCCAAUCCGAACGAUUGCGGUGUAGUCUUUCGCCUCAAUAAAAACGCAGUCUGAAGCGUUCCCCCCUCUUCGUCUACCUCCAAAUCCCUCGACCCCCGUUCCAGAUCUCGUACUCCUCCUUCGGAUCCCUUCGAAUUCCCUCACUAUCUUCGAUUCCCUGCCUGUUCUUCGAUCCAGAUCCAGGGUUCUUGCAAGAGGGGCGCCGAGAUGGAGAAAUCGUGCUCGAUCCUGGUCCACUUCGAUAAGGGCUCCCCGGCCAUGGCGAACGAGAUCAAGGAGGCCCUCGAGGGCAGCGACGUUGAGGCCAAGAUCGAUGCCAUGAAGAAGGCCGUCAUGCUCCUUGUCAACGGUGAGACGCUCCCGCAGAUCUUCAUCACCAUCGUCCGCUAUGUCCUCCCCUCCGACGACCACACCGUGCAGAAGUUGCUCCUCCUCUACCUGGAGAUCAUCGACAAGACCGACGCCCGCGGCCGCGUCCUCCCCGAGAUGAUCCUCAUAUGCCAGAACCUCCGCAACAACCUGCAGCACGCCAACGAGUACAUCCGCGGCGUCACCCUCCGGUUCCUCUGCCGCUUGUCCGAGCCAGAGAUCCUGGAGCCGCUUGUCCCAUCCGUCCUCGCCAAUCUCGAGCACCGCCACCCCUUCGUCCGCCGCCACGCCCUCCUCGCCGUCGCAGCCAUCCACCGCCUCCCCGGCCAGGCCGGUGAGCAGCUCCUUCCCGACGCCUCCGAGCUCGUCGAGAAGGUUCUCGCCUCCGAGCAGGACCCCUCCGCACGCCGCAACGCCUUCCUCAUGCUUGCCACCUGCGCCCAGACGCGCGCCGUUGUGCACCUCCUCUCACAGGCCGACCACGUCCCCGAGUGGGGCGAACUCCUCCAAAUGGCCGCCCUCGACCUCAUCCGCAAGGUCUGCCGCUCCAACCCUUCCGAGAAGGGCAAGUACAUCAAGAUCAUCAUCUCCCUUCUCAAUUCCCCGUCUGCUGCGGUCGUCUAUGAGAGUGCCGGGACGCUUGUCUCAUUGUCAUCUGCCCCGACCGCCAUCCGUGCAGCUGCCAACACCUACUGCCAGCUCCUCGUCUCACAGAGUGACAACAAUGUGAAGCUCAUUGUGCUCGACCGUCUCAACGAGCUCAAGUUGUUGCACAGGGAGAUCAUGGUGGAGAUGAUCAUGGAUGUUCUUCGUGCGCUUUCAAGCCCAAAUCUUGACAUCAGGCGCAAGACUCUCGACAUUGCCCUCGAUCUGAUCACGUCCAGGAACGUUGAUGAGGUGGUGCUCAUGCUUAAGAAAGAGGUCGUCAAGACACAGAGCACUGAGCUUGAGAAGAAUGGGGAAUACCGGCAGAUGCUGGUGCAGGCUAUCCAUUUGUGUGCAAUCAAGUUCCCUGAGGUUGCUAGCACAGUUGUCCAUCUGCUGAUGGAUUUCCUCGGUGAUACCAAUGUGGCUUCUUCUAUUGAUGUGAUUCUCUUUGUCAGAGAGAUAAUUGAGGCCAACCCAAAGCUAAGGGUUUCCAUUAUCACCAGACUGCUCGACACAUUUUAUCAGAUCUGCACUGCGAGAGUUUGCUCGUGUGCUCUUUGGAUCAUUGGUGAGUAUUGCCUUUCGCUCUCUGAGGUGGAGAGUGGGAUCCAGACAAUUAAGCAGUUCCUUGGAGAUCUUCCCUUUUAUGUUGCCACUGAGGAUGGUGAAGCAGCAGAUGCUUCAAAGAAACCACAGCAGGUAUCAACUGCCACUCUUUCUUCUAGACGGCCUGUGGUUUUGGCAGAUGGGACCUAUGCAACGCAAAGUGCUGCCUCUGAAACUGCUUUGUCUGCUCCAAUGGUUCUUCCUGGAUCUUUGGCUUCAUCAUUAAAUUUGAGGUCAUUGAUUCUGUCUGGUGACUUCUUUGUGGGGGCAGUUGUUGCUUGCACCUUGACUAAGCUGGUUUUGAGAUUGGAACAGGUUCAGCCGUCAAAGGCUGAAGCAAACAAAGCAUGCAGUGGGGCCUUGCUGAUCAUGACUUCCAUGUUGCAGUUGGGACAAUCUUCAUUUUUUCCACAGCCGAUUGAUAAUGAUUCUCAUGACAGGAUUGUCCUAUGCAUAAGAUUGCUCUGCAACACUGGUGAUGAGGUUAGGAAAAUAUGGUUGCAGUCAUGCCGCCAGAGUUUUGCAAAGAUGCUUGCAGAGAAGCAAUUUCGAGAGGCUGAGGAGAUUAAAGCUAAGGCACAGAUUUCCCAUGCACAACCUGAUGAUCUUAUUGAUUUCUACCAUUUGAAGAAUAGAAAGGGUAUGAGCCAGCUUGAGUUGGAGGAUGAGGUUCAAGAUGAUCUGAAACGUGCAACUGGCGAAUUUAUGAGGGAUGGAGAUGAUGCAAAUAAGUUGAAUCGAAUUCUUCAACUCACUGGAUUCAGUGAUCCUGUGUAUGCUGAGGCAUUUGUCACAGUUCAUCAUUAUGACAUAGUUCUAGACGUCACAGUGAUUAACCGAACAAAGGAAACACUUCAGAACCUGUGUUUGGAAUUAGCAACCAUGGGAGACCUCAAACUUGUUGACCGACCACAGAACUAUACUCUCGCUCCAGAAUCAAGCAAACAAAUACGAGCUAAUAUAAAAGUCUCCUCAACAGAAACUGGUGUGAUAUUUGGUAAUAUUGUAUAUGAAACUUCAAAUGUGCUCGAGAGAACUGUUGUUGUCCUCAAUGAUAUUCACAUUGAUAUCAUGGACUACAUAUCUCCUGCUACCUGUGCUGAUGUGACAUUUAGGAAUAUGUGGGCAGAAUUUGAGUGGGAAAAUAAGGUUGCGGUGAAUUCUUUAAUACAGGAUGAGAAGGAAUUUUUGAAUCACAUUAUCAAGUCAACAAACAUGAAGUGCCUCACACCACCCUCUGCGCUGGAUGGGGAGUGUGGGUUUCUUGCUGCUAACCUCUACGCAAAGAGUGUCUUUGGAGAGGAUGCUUUGGUCAAUAUAAGUGUUGAGAAGCAGACUGAUGGGAAGCUGAGUGGUUAUAUUAGGAUAAGGAGCAAGACACAAGGAAUUGCUCUCAGUUUAGGAGACAAGAUCACUCUCAAACAGAAGGGUGGAAAUUAGGGACAAUUACAUCCAUCAUCUUCAAUCCAAGACUUGCAACUGCAAUUUUUCCUAGACGAUGUUGCUGGUUCUUCCAGUGUGCUGUUCCAAGCCAGUUAUAGUGUAAUCAGGGCCAGCACUUGCGUUGGUGCUAGUUUUUAGUGCAUGGAUCCGGGAAUUUGGUCCUGCGCUUUAUGCAAAAGCUUCCAAUUUUUUCUCCUCUAUUUAUUGUUUUCCUUCAGUGACCGAAAAUGGUAUAUUGACUAUUCAUCAUUUGUCAAUUUUUUCUACAUAAUUCUAUUUUUUUCCUACA